GAUUUCAUCUCACAAUCAGUUGUGUUUCAAAAUGACGUCACAUUCACUCCGGGUCACCCACUCCUCACUGAAUUGGCCAUCCUAGCCCCAAUUUGUCGUCUGCACCAUCAUGUGCAAGUUAUUUCAUUUAUUAAUCAACAAAUUAUGUUAUCGAUUGUAUUAUUCAUCUAUUAUUAUUAAUUAGUAUAUAUGUCAUCAUUUUUUGUAGUUGAUCAAGUCAUCUCAAUGUUUUAUAUAUUUGACAAAUCUCAGAUGUUGGGAACACUGCUUGCAUACUGGCAUCCUGGAUUCUAACCGCUUCUUCCUUCUUCACCAGCUCUCGUUCAUGAAACGUUCUUGUAUCAAUGCACAUUCAUUCAAUAAGGUGCAAUUCCUUCAAUUUAUUAUUAAACUCAACAGUUCGCAUUAUAUUGUGUUCCACAAAAUUCUAUGAUCGCCUCAAGUCAUCGAUCGUCAAUUUGUAUGUGUUAGUUUCUUUGCAAUCUACAUUUGAAGUUUUCCAUGCUCUUGGUUGACAUCACGCCAUUACCAAAUGCGCAUAAAGAGUUUCAAUUACCUUUCAGUGAAUACAAAGGCAUCGCGCUCAACAUUCGUAAGUUGUACAAAAACUUAAGUUAAUUUUAUGAAUUCCAACUUCAUUCACCUGUUGGUUAUUCACUUCAAUUCGAACUGUACAGAGUCCUGCCAGUUCUCAUCAACUUUGACCUACAUUUAGGCUCAUCCUUUGGGAUAAGUUUUUUGACAAGUGUUAUUUCAAUGAUCAUUGCGCAAUUAGCCUAUGUAGGGCUUCAGUUACGGUUGUAACUUCCAAGUACUUAUUCACAAUCAUUCUUAGUUACUUAUUUUACUGAAGUGAUCAUCACAUGUUAGUCAAGUCGACUCAAAUCAAUUUUUACUCAAGUGAAUAAACUCUUAUUCUUUAUAUUUUUGCUCAAUACAUGAACAAUAUCAAUUAAAAGUAAAGUAACUUAUUUACCUGUGAACAUUUUUCAAGUCAAUCUUUUAUUACAUAGUAUGAACUCGUGGGGCCAAUUUAUUAGAAACACAUCAUUAACUGGAGUUAUCGUAUAUGAACUGUAUCACUCUAACCUAAAACGGUGCUUCGAAAUACAUCACGUUUCAACUAAUUGUGUUCAUUAGUGAUUUUAAUCAACCACAAUUUAUUCAAUUGGAAUAUUAUCAGCAUUCAACUCAACCUAAUCCAAUUUGAAGGAUUCUAAAAGUAUUCAGCCCAGCAGUUGGGAAGUUAUUUAUCACCAAAUACUUAUUGCCUGGAAGUUGGAAUUUAAAGAAGUCAAGCCUAAUCAAUGCCUACUACCACAACCACUACAACAACAGAGAAGUUAUUGUAUCACUUAUUCUCAUUAAUUAAUUAUUAAUUCCUAGUUUUUAUGUCCCACAAGAGGCAACCUAACUUUUACUUACUAUCAUUCAUUAUUAUUUUUUAUCAAUUCAACUUAUUAAGAUUUGUAUAUAAUUGAAUCAAAUUCAAUACUGCAAUUGAGAUAUUGUAGUAUUUACAUCCCCAUAACACAAAAUAAUUAUUUGUCAUUUUGUUAUUGAGUCUAAGAUUUGUUGACAUAUUGUUGACCUUUUGAAUUUUCAUUCAUCAUCUGUAUAAGUGAUUCUGGCCAGUGCGCCCUCAUUUCUUAUGUCAACACAUAUUGUUGUUACCUAUAUAUUGUCAUUGUUUCUUCUCUUAUCAAAAUAUCAUGCAGAUCAAUCCAUUAUAGAAACUCAUGUACUUAAUAUUGUCAUAAGCAAUCUGCAUCAGGAAGAAGGCUGGUGCAAUAAAUGUCAGUUAACACUUACUCACAUUCUUUUUAUUUUACAUUAAAAAACCUGUACAACAUUUUUUCAGGAAUCAGCUGUCAAAUAGCAUACAAUAAUAUUACAUUGUUCAUGCAUAUGGUACUUAUUAUGACACCAAGGUGUGUCAUUCUAUUAUGAGCUGCUCUAAACUGAUUAUUGACAAUAUAAUUAAUUCAAUCAAAAAACAUGGAUUGACAUGGUUGACAGAACAACGUGAUUGCGUUAAUAUUCAAUACUUAAUAUUCAAUUCUUUCUACAGUCCUAGCUCUACUUAGGUUGGAGUUACGCCCAGCCUACUGUCAAUCAUCUCAUUCCAUGAUGGUCCUCGCGGGCAGCCGGAUGUGCUCCAGUGGACCUACUGGGUACCUUUUGCAUCAAAUUGCCUCAUUGUUUCAGGAUUAAUACACCCAGUCUAGGUAGGCACAUCUUAGCGUCCCAUAGUAUCUAGUAUUCUAGUGAUAAGUUUUGGUACUCAGCAAUCUAAUAUUUUUUCUCUUAUCUGACUCUGAGAACAAUUUUUACAAUUUUUUUUUGUAUUGAUGUUUUACUGUAUCAUAUUGUAUUUUUGCAUUUUUGUGCGCAAAUAAUUCCAUUAUGUUUUCAUUUUCAUCUUGUCUCAUUGGUUCAUCCUUAUGAAUUUUUUAUGCGCAACAUUUUUACAUGUACAUUCUGUUGUUAUCAGUGAAUAAUAGUGUGUAUUUUUCAGAUAAGUAAAUUACUAUCCAUAAUAAGACUUUGUGAACGGCGACUGAUCAAACAUACACAUACGAGCAAGCCCAUGAUUGACAAAAUCACAGCAAGUGAGAUCGAAAGGCAAUCAAACAUCAUAUUGAACAAGAGAAUUGCCAAGAGCAAAACUACUACUGGCAAUUAUUGAAAAUCAAACCGUUUCUCAGCUCAUCGUGUGACAGCGCCGUGUAAUAGCGCGCAGGUGUUGUCCUCCAGAAGAAUCUCUGUAUCAACUGCAUUAAGCCAUGGGAUAGAUCUCACCAAUGUCAGGGAGCCUGCAAGACAUGCCAGCAUAGACAUCAUACUGUACUUCAUGGGUCCAAUUUUUCAAAAAGGUCUAAUCUUGUUGUUGCAUCUAACUAUGCCCGUAAUCCGCCGCAGCACUUGCCAAGGAGUGGGCGCCGUAUGCCGCACCGUGAGUACAGAUCUCCAUUUCAGAAUCAACAGAAUGAUAGUCAUGCCGACCAUCAAUCCAGAUUGCAAUCUACCUUGCCGUUUCCAGGUCAUAGUAACUCCAGCACACAGCAGUGCUCAACACACAGCAGCCAAUUUGCGCCAUCAACUCAACCGCUGCAGAGUCCUGUUCAGAGUCUGCCAACCAGCAAUUCAGUUGAUAAUUCUGCUCUUUCUGGUUGUCGUUCUGAUCAGUACAGUCAAUGUGGCUCUAACCAGUCAAACUCUCAGUUUGUGCCCUCACAGCCACUUGAGUUGACUCAAUCACCUCAGCCAGCUAUGCCGUCUUCAGAGCCACACAGCCAAGCGGUUAGCUAUGCUCACAGUGCACCUCACAUUGAGUCUGUCAACAGUAGACGUGCAUGUAUCAUGCCCACAGCUCAGCUUGUAGUUUUUGACAAGAAUGGUCAACCUGUGACUUGCCGUGCACUGUUAGACAGUGGAUCUGACAGCUGUUUCAUCUCACGACAACUUGCAUCUCGUUUGCAGCUCCCAUCAGUGUGUACUGGCGGCACAGUCCAUACUGUAUCUGGCAGCAAUGCUACCUUGUUGAACUUAUCAUCCUUGAAUAUACAUUCACCUGACCAUACAUGGUCAACCCGUAUUGAUUGCAUUGUCACAGAAAAAAUUACUCCUAGCAUGCCGCCGCCUGGGCUCAAUCUUUCAGAUUUUGACAUCCCUCCCAACAUCAUUCUAGCUGAUUCAUCCUUUUUCGAAAUUUCAGGAGUUGACAUACUUUUGAAUGUUGAUGUUUAUGCUAUGCUUCAUCUACCUGGUCAGAUUCGUUUGUCUGAAAGCUGUGUUCUUCAGAAUACUCGUUUAGGCUGGGUCACUUGGGGUUCUAUUCCGGUCCUCAAGCCAACUAUCAAUCAGUGUAUUUCCAAUUUUGUUUCUAAUCUUGAUCAUUCAAAUGAACAUGUCACCAAUGCUGACAUCUCAAAACAGCUUGAGAAAUUUUGGCGCAUGGAAGAAAUUGAUGUCAAAACUAGCACACCAACUGAACAUGCCCAAAUCGAACAACAUUACAUUGAUAAUGUUCGACGAAUGGAUGAUGGCAGAUUUUCAGUUGCUUUACCCAAGAAGGAAACAUUUCACUCUCUAGGCCAAUCCUACAAACAAGCCUUAACUAGAUUUCACUCCCUUGAAAAACGACUCGCUGCAAAUGCUGAGUUAAAGAAGCAAUAUACUGAAUUCAUGGAAGAGUACAUCAAUCUAGGACACAUGUCACCCGCUCCUGAAUCCUCUUAUCAGGAAUUCUGUUAUCAUAUUCCCCACCAUCCGGUUUUUAAACCCGACUCAACGACAACUAAACUCAGAGUGGUAUUUGACGCAUCCGCCAAAUCAGUCACAGGUCUGUCACUCAAUGAUGUCAUCCACAUUGGUCCUACCGUUCAGCCUGAAUUAUUUGAAACUGUACUCAGAUUUCGGACACACCGCAUAGCCUUCAUUGCCGACGUAACAAAGAUGUACCGCCAAAUCCUCGUCCACCCAGAAGACAGAAAUGUCCAACGUAUUUUCUGGAGGUCUGAUGAGAAUCAACCCGUUCAAGAGUAUUUUCUAAAUACUGUCACUUAUGGCACAUCAUCUGCUCCAUAUUUGGCCACUCGCACGCUCAACCAUUUAGCGGAUGUUGAGUGCCCUCCCAAUUCAGCUGUAUGUCAUGCUUUGAAAGAAGAUUUCUAUGUGGACGAUCUUAUAAGUGGAUCAUCAACAAUUGAAUCAGCUAUUGAGUUAUCACAUCAGCUGCUUACUACUGUUGAUAGAGGAAAAAUGGAACUGAGAAAAUGGUUGUCUAACUCCACAGAGCUGUUAGCCACUAUUCCGCCACAUCUUGUCGAGACAGCCACUUCACGUCCACUUUCUGAUUCCAGUGAUAGCGUAGUUAAGGCGCUUGGACUCAUAUGGAAUUCCACCACCGACCAACUCAUCAUCUCAUCCAGCAUCACAGAUGUUGCUCUCAAAACGUCAUUCACAAAGCGUGAAUUAUUAUCCAGUAUUUCAAGCAUUUUUGAUCCUUUAGGCCUUAUUUCCCCUGUGGUAAUCUUGCCUAAAUUACUUUUCCAGAAACUCUGGCUUCACAAACUGGAUUGGGAUGACAAACUCCCUCCCGAACUUCUUACUGAGUGGUUGUCCAUCCUCAAAGAACUGCCUAACAUUUCAAACAUUGCAAUUCCUAGAUGUGUUUUACCGCCUAGCACAGACGUCAAGCUUGAACUUCAUGCAUUCUCUGAUGCUAGUGCCACAGCUUAUGGAGCUUGUCUCUACAUCCGCAGCAUAUCAUCAAACGGAGUUCAAGUCAAACUACUCACAUCCAAGUCAAAGGUAGCUUCUAUUAAGCCAUUACUUACAAUCCCACGUUUAGAACUCCAAGCAGCACAUUUGUCAGCUAAGCUUGUUGUCAAAGCUAUACAAGCUUCCAAGCUCAAAUUUUCCAAUGUUGUUCUAUGGACCGACUCAAAAAUUGUGUGUGACUGGCUUAAGGCUUUGCCCAACCGAGCUGAUGUCUUUGUCUCUGUGCGUGUCUCUACAAUCCAAAACUUGACUGCAGAUUUUACUUGGAAACAUGUAAGGACAAAGCACAAUCCUGCCGAUCUUGUAUCAAGAGGUUGUACACCAGCUACACUUAUCAACAGUUCACUUUGGUGGAACGGCCCAUCUUGGUUGUCUGAACCAGAAGCCACAUGGAAUGACAUCACUGUCAAUGUUGCUGUCCUACGUCCCAUUUCUACAAAUGCCACUAGAGUCACACCUUCUGUGUUGUCGGGUAUUAUUUCCAAAUUAUCUGAGUAUCAUCGCAUGGUGCGAGCUACUGCAUAUGUAUUGCGAUUUGUACAUAAUCUUAUUCAUCACAAGGAGAAGGAUCAACAUCGUCUCAAUGAUCUUUCUGUUGAAGAAAUCCAAUCCGCUGAAAUUCAACUGAUACGCACAGUUCAAGAAGAAGCAUUUGCAGAGGAAAUUCGUCAGCUUAAACAGGGCAAAGAAUUGCUUCCUUCAAGUUCCUUGAAAGCGUUAUCACCAUUCAUCGACAACAAUUCUCUUUUGAGAGUUGGCGGACGCCUACGUCAAUCUGACUUACCCUAUGACUAUAAACACCAGAUUCUUUUGCCAUCCAAACAUCGCUUUACACAUGCACUCAUCAUAUCAUACCAUCGACGUGUUUCUCAUGAUGGAGUGCAAAGUACCAUGGCAGCGCUACGGCAACGCUACUGGGUCAUCUCUACUCGUCGUACUGUCAAGUCAGUCUUGAAGUCUUGCCAUCUUUGUUUUCGGUUUUCAAAAUUCAGAGCUGAGCAAAUCAUGGGUCAAUUACCCCCUGUCCGAAUUCAAUCUGACUUUCCCUUUUUCAAUUCUGGGAUUGAUUACGCUGGACCGUUCUCACUGCUCAUUGGUACUCGUAAGUCACGUACCUACUCUAAAGCCUACCUUGCUCUAUUUGUCUGCAUGGUCACAAAGGCUGUGCACGUUGAAAUCGUAUCAGAGUUAACCACAAAGGCAUUCAUUGCAGCCUUAAUACGCUUCUCAUCACGUCGUGGCAUCCCUCACGCCUUGUAUUCAGACAACGCAACCACAUUUGUUGGUGCGCACAAUGAGCUACAAGAACUUCACAACUUUUUUGAAGCCGAGAAAACACAGAAGGACAUUCACAACUACACCUCUGUGCUUAACAUUGGAUGGCACUUCAUCCCACCUAGAGCGCCAUCUUUUGGAGGACUCUGGGAGAAUGCCAUCAAAAAUUUCAAGAGAAUCUUCAAAGUUGUCACAUUCAAUCAGAUCCUCAAUUUUGAAGACAUGGCUACAUUUGCAUCGCAAAUUGAAGCAAUACUCAAUUCUCGACCUCUUGUACCUCUGUCUGAAGACCCAAAUGACCUUCAAUACUUGUCUCCGGGUCAUUUUCUUAUUGGUCGUCCAUUGACUGCCUUACCGUUCCACAGCCCACCCACCACCCAUCUUGACAACAGAUGCCGUUGGAAGAACUUACAAAGAAUCACCCAGGAUCUUUGGGACCGUUGGUCUAAGGAGUACUUAGUCACGCUUCAACGUAAGAACAAAUGGCUCAUGGAGAAUGAUAACAUCACAGUCGACACAAUGGUUCUCCUCAAAGACAUCAAUUCCGCACCAUCUACAUGGAAACUCGCUAGAGUUAUUGAAACGCACCCAGGUGCAGAUGGGAAAGUACGCGUUGUAACAAUCCAGACCUCUCAUGGGAAAUUCAAACGAGCUAUCACUAGCUUAGCUCCGCUACCGUUCUAUGAUGAUGAUUAGUUUAUUAGGUUUAUUCAUCUAUUUGUAUAAUAUUUUUUGUCAUUAUGUCUUUUUAUAUUCGUCUCAUCUUACAUUAUAAAUUUCAGCAGAUUUUUUGCCCUCAUUCACCUUUGUGGUAAGGUGCAUUCGGCCAUUGCGGGGGGCAGCUUAAUGUAAGAUUUCAUCUCACAAUCAGUUGUGUUUCAAAAUGACGUCACAUUCACUCCGGGUCACCCACUCCUCACUGAAUUGGCCAUCCUAGCCCCAAUUUGUCGUCUGCACCAUCAUGUGCAAGUUAUUUCAUUUAUUAAUCAACAAAUUAUGUUAUCGAUUGUAUUAUUCAUCUAUUAUUAUUAAUUAGUAUAUAUGUCAUCAUUUUUUGUAGUUGAUCAAGUCAUCUCAAUGUUUUAUAUAUUUGACAAAUCUCAGAUGUUGGGAACACUGCUUGCAUACUGGCAUCCUGGAUUCUAACCGCUUCUUCCUUCUUCACCAGCUCUCGUUCAUGAAACGUUCUUGUAUCAAUGCACAUUCAUUCAAUAAGGUGCAAUUCCUUCAAUUUAUUAUUAAACUCAACAGUUCGCAUUAUAUUGUGUUCCACAAAAUUCUAUGAUCGCCUCAAGUCAUCGAUCGUCAAUUUGUAUGUGUUAGUUUCUUUGCAAUCUACAUUUGAAGUUUUCCAUGCUCUUGGUUGACAUCACGCCAUUACCAAAUGCGCAUAAAGAGUUUCAAUUACCUUUCAGUGAAUACAAAGGCAUCGCGCUCAACAUUCGUAAGUUGUACAAAAACUUAAGUUAAUUUUAUGAAUUCCAACUUCAUUCACCUGUUGGUUAUUCACUUCAAUUCGAACUGUACAGAGUCCUGCCAGUUCUCAUCAACUUUGACCUACAUUUAGGCUCAUCCUUUGGGAUAAGUUUUUUGACAAGUGUUAUUUCAAUGAUCAUUGCGCAAUUAGCCUAUGUAGGGCUUCAGUUACGGUUGUAACUUCCAAGUACUUAUUCACAAUCAUUCUUAGUUACUUAUUUUACUGAAGUGAUCAUCACAUGUUAGUCAAGUCGACUCAAAUCAAUUUUUACUCAAGUGAAUAAACUCUUAUUCUUUAUAUUUUUGCUCAAUACAUGAACAAUAUCAAUUAAAAGUAAAGUAACUUAUUUACCUGUGAACAUUUUUCAAGUCAAUCUUUUAUUACAUAGUAUGAACUCGUGGGGCCAAUUUAUUAGAAACACAUCAUUAACUGGAGUUAUCGUAUAUGAACUGUAUCACUCUAACCUAAAACGGUGCUUCGAAAUACAUCACGUUUCAACUAAUUGUGUUCAUUAGUGAUUUUAAUCAACCACAAUUUAUUCAAUUGGAAUAUUAUCAGCAUUCAACUCAACCUAAUCCAAUUUGAAGGAUUCUAAAAGUAUUCAGCCCAGCAGUUGGGAAGUUAUUUAUCACCAAAUACUUAUUGCCUGGAAGUUGGAAUUUAAAGAAGUCAAGCCUAAUCAAUGCCUACUACCACAACCACUACAACAACAGAGAAGUUAUUGUAUCACUUAUUCUCAUUAAUUAAUUAUUAAUUCCUAGUUUUUAUGUCCCACAAGAGGCAACCUAACUUUUACUUACUAUCAUUCAUUAUUAUUUUUUAUCAAUUCAACUUAUUAAGAUUUGUAUAUAAUUGAAUCAAAUUCAAUACUGCAAUUGAGAUAUUGUAGUAUUUACAUCCCCAUAACACAAAAUAAUUAUUUGUCAUUUUGUUAUUGAGUCUAAGAUUUGUUGACAUAUUGUUGACCUUUUGAAUUUUCAUUCAUCAUCUGUAUAAGUGAUUCUGGCCAGUGCGCCCUCAUUUCUUAUGUCAACACAUAUUGUUGUUACCUAUAUAUUGUCAUUGUUUCUUCUCUUAUCAAAAUAUCAUGCAGAUCAAUCCAUUAUAGAAACUCAUGUACUUAAUAUUGUCAUAAGCAAUCUGCAUCAGGAAGAAGGCUGGUGCAAUAAAUGUCAGUUAACACUUA